UGAGCACAGGCGCAUCGGCAGGGCGGCGCCGCCGCCGCCCCCGGAGACGUUCGGGGCGUACGCCAAGAAGACGGAGGAGAACGGCGGAGUGAUGGCGAUGAUCAACCUUCUCGUCGCUGACCUCGACAAGGAGAUGGCGGAGGCAGAGACGAGCGAGAAGGACAGCCAGGCCGACUACGAGGCCCUCAUGAAGGAGUCCGCGGAGAAGCGCGCGACCGACGCGAAGUCCCUCGCCGACAAGGAGGGCGAGAAGGCGAGCCUCGAGGGGGACCUGCAGUCGCACAAGGGCGACCUGAAGGAGGCCAACACCAACCUUGCAACCACGCUCAAGUACAUCCACUCGCUUCACACGGAGUGCGACUGGCUCUUGAAGUACUACGACGUGCGCAAGGAGAUGCGGGCCAGCGAGGUGGACGCCCUCGGGAAGGUUCGCGCAGCGAGUGAACGGAAAGGUGCUGACGAUGAUCAGAAGGGCGAGAGUGAAGAGGAGGACAAGGAGCAGAUGCCAGCAGGCCAAGGCCGUGCUCAACGGCGCAGACUUCUCCUUGCUCCAGACCGCGCAGUCUCUCAG